UUGAAAUACACAUGCUCCAGAAGGAAAGACUGGGGAAGAAAGACAGAGGCUUGGUGAGGAAGAGGCAGGGUGGGACAGUGAGUGAGGUCAACUUGGAUCCAAAUCUACUUGUGCAAGAACUGAUAAAAGACACAAGACGGAAAGUUCUGGAGCAACUACUUUAUCAAAACUAAAAAAAACUUACUGAGGGCAACAAUAAGGAGAAUAAAAUAUCAUCAGCUGUUUGAGGACCUUCAAGGUUUCUUUUCAUCACUGCGAAAUAUUCAAACUGUGUCUAAUGCUGUUUGGAUCAAUCAUCUUUUUCUCCCUUGGCUUAUUUUUGGUGAUUGAUUAAGUGGUUUAUAUUCAACACAGGACUUCAGACAAUCACAGGAAAAGUCUGAUUGUUUAUGACAAGGAAUUUCAGACACUGAAAUAUUGAAGCUUCGAUUGCAGCAGAGAUUGUUUCAACGUUUGGUUGUCAAGUUGACAAUAGCCAGAAAUGUCGUACAGAGUGCACUCCAUUUUUUUCCUAUGUCUGAGUCUUACCCUUGGUUCAGUAUGGAGCCAGGGGUCUCCCCAAGAUGCCUUCAUUCUUCAGUACCUGGAAAGAAGACUGGCUCAGGUGGAGGUAGGUGCCCCACAGCAUUUCUUAUUAACACCGUCAUUCAUCAAAGCACUUUCACCCAAAAUCCUAAAAACUAUUGAUUAUAAAUAGCAAUAUGAGUUGUCGAUUAGUGUAUUAUUUUACUAUUGCUACUGCCCUUUGUAAACAGUUCAUUUUUUUUUCCAUAUUAGAUUUUUCCAUAGCCCCUCCUACUGGGCAUUGGUAAUUACAUAACUUUCAACAAAAACACAUUUUAUUCAUUUUUUAUUUUAUUUUUUUAUUUAACCUUUAUUUAACCAAGUAAGAAAACCCAUUGAGAUCGAGAUCUCUUUUUCAAGGGUGACCUUGCUGAGAGGUCAGCAGCACAUGUCACGAUAAUAACAAUAAAAUUCAAGGACAAAAUAAGUUAACACAAACAGUACUUUUGAAAAUUCAUAGGAAAUUUCCGAUAAAGUGAUAAAGUGAUAAAGUGCAGGAGAAGAAAUGACUUUCAAAGACAUAAUUAAAAACACAGGCACUGUACCAUGGUCUCCCAAAGUCUGUCAUGUAAGAUUGAAUGAAACGCUUCCAGCAAAAUUAAUUCAAACAAUUUCAGGUCAGUCUGGAGAGUAUUCCAUGCUGAAGUGGCAGCAAAACUGAACGCUUUUUUGCCCAGUUCAGUUCUGACUCGCGGAACAAUCAAAUAGACUGUAUUGUUAGAGCACAGGUUGGCUUUCAGUUCUUUGAAGAAAGAGCUGAGCCAAGAAAAACCUUAUGAAUUAGAGUGUCCAGUGAGUGUACCUGUGAGUACUCAGAGAAGGCCAGCCAGAUUUGGCAUAAAGUUUGAUUUGAUUAUUACUGGUUGCAGUCGCCUAAUGCAAUGCUGCGUUAAUAGUAGUAAACCUCAGCGCACAGUGAUAAACAGUAGUCAAGGACUGUAGGCAUUUGGCUGAAGAAGUCAUAUAUAAAAUAUCACCAUAAUCCAACAAUGGAAGAAAGGUUGGAGAUACUCAGCAUUUUUAAGCACUGAGGGAGAAGCAGGAUUUACUCCUGUGAUAGAAACCUAUUUUUAAUCUGAGUUUAGUGACCAAACUGGCAAUAUGUCCUUAGAAAGAAAGCUCAUGAUCAACAAGAAAACCCAGAUAUUUAUAGACAGACACAAGCUCAAUGAGUACACCCUGUGAAGUUAAGAUAGAGGGGAUGUUCCCGGGUAACUCAUUCCUGCUUAACAAUACCAUGAGUUUUGCAAAUAAUAUCAUAUUAUAUAAUCAUAUUCAAAUAAUUUUAAACCUUUUAAACUGUCGAAUCGUUCACUGUUUUUUUAUUUAAUUUUUUUACAAUUUUAAGCAGGAUCUUAGAUUAAUCUUUUGUGCAUUACCUUUUUUUUUUUUUUUUGUUACAAACAACCAAAGAUUGCCUUUUUCUGAAUCAUGUUACCACUUUUGCCUGCCAUACCAACAUAUUUAAUUGUGGAAAUCAAAUUAAAUAAGUUGCUUGGUCGCAUGAGCAGGCAUGACAGAGUGUAAACACAACACACCUUCUACAGGUAAAUGGAUGUGAUUGUGUGAAUGUAUGCCUCAGUCAAAAUGGAGUUCCCAAGUGUGCAGCCUUGGUUGCUCUUCACAGCAGAGAAAAGAGGAGGACACAGGAACAGGAGCUGUUUUUACCAGGGGAUUUGUGACACUGAAGGGAGGGCAACAUUUGGGGUGUAUGUAAGUAUGUAUGUGUGUUAGCAUAUGUGUGUGUGUGCACAUGUGAAAGAGUCCAUGACUCUGUGGACUGUCCACAGUCACCACCCAGUAGGCACCCCAGGUAUCUUGUCUCCUGGCAGGCUCACUCACACUUGCUAAAGUUCAGGGCCAGCCCAGCCUGCUGGAGUUUUCCAAGGACCUGUUUCAGGUGUUGGGCAUGUUUCUCCCAGUUGUUGCUGAAGACCACCAUGUCAUUCAAGUACAAAGCAAUGCAAUGACCACAAGCUGGGGGGACUCUACCCAUUAGGGGGGGGGGGGGUGCAGAACUGCUGCUGAUAAGUCCCUGGUGAAAUGUCAAACAAUGCCAGUAGGGCUGGUUUCAGGUCCAUUAAACAGUGGGCUCUCUCCUUGUCUAUUGCAGUUUAUGCCUCCAUUGCCUUACCAGUCUGUGGUUGAACUGGUCCACUCACUCUCAGACCACUUGCAGGUUUUUGCAAUAAGCUCAAACCUCAGCAGAUAAUUGUCAAUUCCCUCACCCAUCCGAUACUGUGGAAAUUUGGGUUACUCAGGUCUUGGCUGACCAUCCUGUUUGCUGUCUGUACCUUAGGACUGAUGUGAGGAGGCCACUGACUCCUGCCGCAAUCACUGGGGUGCUGGUGUUUGCAGUUCAAGCUUUGGGCUGCUUGCAGUCAAUGUGCUUGGGGUGGCUGCAGUGACUUGUUGGUUUUGUGUCUGGCUUGCACCACUCUGUCAAGGCUAGGGAACCGGUGGUGAAUACUGCCCAAUGGAAGAGAGGCCCGUAAACCUUGAGUCUCUGCCAACAGGCCCUCCUCUCUCUCUUUAAACCUAGUCUGGACUAGAAGUUGCUACCUCCUGAAGCUGCUCUUGCUGCUUCAGAGCAUGUCCAGGGACAAGAAGUGGGAGAAUACCACAUUUCCUAUAUUUAUUCUGCAAAAGUCUCUACCUAGCAAAUGUGAUGGCCAACAUAACCUUGUAUCAGGCACCACUUAAGAAGCAAUGUUUUGAGUGAAGUGAUAUAAUUGCAAGAGGAAGAAUGUACUUGGUCAACCAAAGUUUUAUUGUUUUCAAUCUGUAUUGAUAACACUUUUUCUCUGUGUCAAUCAAAUCAGGAGCGUCUCAGUAUAUGUGAACAGAGCACAGCGGGAGUCACCCAGAAGACCUAUGAUCUCUCCUCUGAAAUCAGGAGUUAUCUGUCCACUCUCGGUAUUCUGAGGUAGGCCUGUGGGAGAGAAAAACACCUCAUAGUAAUUUUUCCAAGUGUAAAAAUGUAGGAACUACAUAUUUAGUUAAAGAAAUUUAAGUCACUGACUGAAAGACGUUCAGUAGUAACUGUGAACAUUUUAUUACCUCACACCAUAGAUCUGAGGUAAGGAGCCAGGUGGACAGUGUGUCUGUCCGUCUAGAGCGGGUGGAGAGGGAGUUGGAAUAUCUUGAAAACAAGAUCCCCCCACAGUCUAAUAUAGAGAUGGAGGAGGCGCUGCUGGAACAGCAAAUACAAGCUGCAGAACUCGAUCAGCUUCAAAAGAAAGCCAGGAUUAAAGUUGAAAAGGGUAAGAAGUAAACCUAUGCGUGCCUGUGUGGGUAUGUAUGUGUGCGUCUGUGUGUGUCUACUGUUGGUUACAGUCUGGUUACUGAAAGUCGUGUUCAAGCAGUGCUUAUGAUAACCAGCAUAGCAAAAAGAACAAAAAUGAUUUGAAAUCUAAAAAAAAACUGUGAAGAUACUGAAAAUAGAGCAUAAUGGAAAUCCACAGACAAAACACAGUGAACAUUUGACUCUGACUGAACUUUAUUUAACCCCUGCAUUCAUCAUUUGUCCCAUUAAAACAAAGACAAGCUUCCUUGCAUGUGUAAUCCUGCUUGGCAAUAAAGCUGAUUCUGAGUGUAAUGAUUUCCACUCUGAUGAAGUAAAAUAACAAAACCUUCUUUCAUUAUCUUCUCCACAAAUCCUUCAGAUUGCAACAAGGCCCUGAGUGAAAUCAAGUCCCUCAAGAUUGUGAAGAAGACAGGAGAUACACAUGGUUGCUGGUUCAAGGACCCCACUGAAGGAUCAGCCAAGGUUCAUUCCUUUUAAAGAAUAACAGUGAUUAAAUUUCAAUGGACCAUUUACUAAAGCAGCUGUGUUUCUGUCUGAACUUUGUAUUUUGUUUACCUCCAUCGGGCCAUUGGUUUAUGAUCACUGUAUGUAUUAUAAUAGUCCAAUCAAAUCCAACUGCACUUUUUUUGUUUUGAUUUUUCUUUUUGCUUCCUCCUUGAUCUCCCAUGAUCAGUUUAUAAAGAGCUGUACAGCCGUGACAAUAAUUGCCACUGCAAUUUCCCCUGUUUUUUACAGAAAUAGAUCUGUUACUAGAAAAUAUCUAUUACUUUAAAGCCAAUAUAGUUUUGUUAGUAUAUGGCUCUGUCAUUCAUGUGGGCGUCUCCAAAAAGGAAAUUGUUGAAUUUCUAAUUCAAAAAUAAUUAUAAAAAAGAAAACUUAAAAGUUUUUCCUCUUUUACUUAGCUAAUCACAUAAUAAUACUCAUAAAUAGAAUAGAAGGCAGAAAUUCAGUUUCACAAUGUAAAUUUUAACAAUCUCUCCUGUAACUAUGACUGUCUUUCCCUUAGGUCUACCUGCUCAGUGGAAUCCGUAACAGAACCCUGGUAGAAUAUCCCUCUCUGCGCAGUUUUACAGACAGAACUGCCACACCACAGGCUACUGUUCUGCAGCUGCCUUUUCAGUGGCAAGGAACAGGUCAUGUUGUCUACAAUGGAUUCAUCUUCUACCACAAGGCAGAUACACCAAACCAGAUAAUGAAGGUGUGUGACUGAAGUGAAAUCUGUAACCUGAUGAAUGCAAACCCAUCAAGGAAUUUUUAGAUUCAAUCAAUUUUUGUUUAUAGUGCCAAAUCACAACAAUUGUUAUCUCAAAAUGUUUUCUGACAGAGCAGGACCAGACCAAACUCUUUGUUUAAUGUAUAACAGAGACCCAACGUUAAGAUGGGAAAAGAUUGAGUCCCAUCUAGAAAUAAGACCCAUUCUUAACCCGUCUCGAACCGACAUGAGUGAAGCACUCUGCAGCAUUAGGGAUAAAUCACUAAAAUAAAACCUGAAAUAUUAAAUAUGAAGUAAAGCUAAAAUAUUUUACCACCUAUCAGAUCAAUUCUUGUACAAACAUUUACAGCUUCUAGGUAUUAAGUCCUACUUUCUCUGGUGGUCUUGUCUUGUGACCAGUUACUCGUAAAACUAAUGAAUACCUAUCAACCCAAGUUACAAGUAGAAAUUAGCCCACAGAACUGAUAUGCCGUACAAAAAAAGCACUGAUAAUCAAAUAAUAUUGUUAUAACUGAUUCUUCUUUUUUUUUUACCUUAAGCAUUUCUAAACAUUUCCAUCCUUCUCCAUCUAUAAAGGUAGACCUUUUAAAUGGUACAGUGGUGGACAGCACUCUAUUACCAGGAGCCGGUCGUCUCCCAGUCUAUAGCCUAAACCCCAACACCUACCUGGACCUGGCUGUGGAUGAACUUGGACUGUGGGUCAUACAUGCUGACCCUGAGUAUGAAGGGAACUUAGUCAUUACCAAACUGGAUAAAGGUAGAGCAUACUAAUCCUGAACAGGCACUGUUCUAUAUAGGUACAUAUAUAAUGCAUGGCUUAGGUAGGUGGCUUUACUUCACCAACAGUUUUUUUCUAUCGCAGGAAAUUUGGCAGUAGAGUACACCUGGGACACACGAUGUAGAAGUCGUGAUGCUGAGGGAGCCUUCUUAAUAUGUGGAACCCUCUAUGUGGUGUACAACACACGUUAUGGAGGACGCUCCACCAUACAGUGUUUCUAUGACAUCCGUGACACUGUCCACAGGUUUGUUUAGCUCUGACUGACCAAGUUACAGAACAUACAAGACAUUCUCAUAAAACCGACGCCUGUUUAAAUUUCCAUUAUUAUGUAACAUUUUCUCAUUUAUAACCCUUCUGCAGGGACGAGAGUCCUGUGAUGUUCUUUCCCAAGCGGUACACCAGCCACAGCAGCAUUCACUAUCAUCCUGGAGACAAACAGCUGUAUGCCUGGGAUGAUGGCUACCAAACAAUAUACAGAGUGGAGACACAGAGACAUGAUCAGGUCACUGUUGAAUAAAGAUUUCUCAUAAUGCUCAACCCAAAAAAGCGUAUGUUAUCUUUUGAUUUAAAAAGCAUCUUUAAUAACUGCAAGAUGUUUGGUAAGUAGCUUGUGAUCCACUGUGGCAAGGUUUAGUUAUUCUUUGCUUGCAGGGGAUGUGGCAACACUGUUAAUCAUAAAGAAUAUGCCUUACCUACAGCAUAUCUUUUAUUGUAUAAGCUUGAUGUUUCUAGUUAACACAAUAAAGAACAUUUAAAGGGCUA